GUGAGUAGAUGGGAACGUGUAACAAAUAGUUCACCAACCUCUGCCCCCUUGAAUCCCUCUCACAACUUAUAUAAGAGCAGAGAUGGUAUGGAAGCCACAACUUGAAACGAAAACGAAAACUGAGAGAGCGCGAAUGGACAACGAAAAACCCAUCGUUUGUGUUCUUGAUGCUUCAACCUACGUGGGCUUCUGGAUUCUCAAAGGAUUGCUUGGUAGAGGUUUCACAGUCCACGCAGCCAUCCAGAAGAAUGGGUUUGAUGCAGGGGAAACAGAAAUUCAGAAGAGAAUUAGGGAGAUGGAGAAAGUAGAAGAGAGAUUGGAAGUGUUUGUUGUGGAUGUUUUGGACUACCAUAGCAUUCUUUUGGCUUUGAAGGGUUGCUCUGCUAUGUUCUGCUGUUUAGACAGUUCAGAUGGAUAUGAUGAAAAAAUGGUGGAUUUGGAGGUGAGAGGAGCAAUUAAUGUUGUGGAAGCAUGUGCUCAGACAGAGACUGUGGAGAAGAUUGUGUUCACUUCUUCUUUGACUGCAGCAAUUUGGAGAGAGAACAUUAGUUCUGAGAAGGAUGUGGAUGAGAAAUCAUGGAGUGAUCAGGAAUUUUGCAGGAAAUUGAAGUUGUGGUAUGCCCUGGCAAAGACACUCUCUGAGCAGGCUGCUUGGGCUUUAUCCAUGGACCGGAUGCUCAAGAUGGUGUCCAUAAACUCUGGACUUGUCCUCGGGCCUAGUGUCGCUCAACAGAACCCUCGGACAACUAUGUCUUAUCUUAAUGGUAAUUAAUUAAUAAUUAAACAU